CUCUUUUCCUGCUGCUCAGCAUCUAUCCUUUCUUAAUUCUUUAGUCACUCAUUCAUUGACCCUCUUUCUGGGAUUUUUCCACCCGUUCGACGCGCUCAAACGACUCCCGAGCCCGACUACUCCUUAAUCCGCCUACAGUACUUACGACCCCGAAGAUGCGUUUCUCGACUGUUGUAGCUGCGCUUGCGGCGGCCCCGGCUGUUGUCUCUGCCGCGAAGGGCACGGUGGGUUUCGCCCUGGGCACGAAGGAGGCCGACGGCUCCUGCAAGACGCAGGACGACUACGAAGCCGACUUCGACGCUAUCAAAUCGGCAUCCGGAGCGACAAUCGUACGUGGAUAUGCAGCGGCGGACUGCAACAUGACCAAGGCCAUCCUUCCGGCUGCGAAGGCCAAGGGCGUUAAGGUCGUGCUCGGCAUCUGGCCUGAUGUUGAAGAAUCCUUCAACAACGAUCUCAAUGCCAUCACGGCCGUCGCCGAGUCAUACCAGGACGUCAUCUAUGGCGUCACCGUCGGUUCUGAGACGCUCUAUCGCGGCAACUUCACGGGCGAGGAACUCAAGGCCAAGAUCGAGACCGUCAAGAGCAAGCUGCCCACCGGCAUGAAGGUCGGGACUGCGGACUCGUGGAACAAGUUCGCGGAUGGCACAGCCGACGCUAUCAUCGGCUCUGUUGAUAUGCUCAUGGUCAACGCGUUUGCUUUCUGGCAGGGUGCCAGCAGAGACAAUGCUACCCACGUCUACCUCGACGAUAUGUACCAGGCCGUCACCCACAUUGAGAAGCUCGCUGGCGGCAGUGAUAAGAUUGAGAUCUGGAAUGGCGAGACCGGAUGGCCGACUGCCGUUGGUACCGACUACGGUGCGGCCGAGGGUGGUCUUGAUAACGCCAAGUCUUUCUUUCAGAACGGCUUCUGCGCCCUUAUCGACUGGGGCUUCAACGCUUUCUACUUCGAGGCCUUCGACGAGCCGUGGAAGCCCGCCUCCAUUGGUGACAAUGGCAAGGCUGCCGACGAGACCACCUGGGGCGCCAUGACUGCCGACCGCAAGGCAAAGUUUGCUCUCAAGUGCUAGACGUACAUCGAUCAGGACUGAGGAGGUGCAUAUGGUUGGCAAGGUGGUAGACUGUGCAUAAAGAAGCUGCAUGCUCAAGAUGAUCUUGGACGCGGCGCGGAUGGACCGUCCCUCUCGGGUACUGACUUGGAUAAUUUUGGCUGUAUGAUUCCCAAUCUAUGUUAUGCAGCUUUUUUU